GCACACGCACCUUUCAUUCUAUUCGGCCAAUGAAUCAAAUCGCAUGCACUCGUCCACACAGGACAUCCAUCGCAUCAGGUAGGUAGCCAGGUAGGUGGAAGGAGUCAAUCCACUCACUGAUUCACUCACUCACUACACCGGAGCAUUGCGUACACACACCAUAGCGCAUCAAUCAAUCGUCCCCUACCUUAAUACACACACACACACACACACACAACACACACUUCUCACUCACCAGCCCCUCGACACGACACCUUGCAGCACCGCUAGUCGCUAGCCUCCGUCUUGGUCCGCACCACCAUCAUGCUGCUGCCACCAGCCCCAGGCCCCCCACCAAGCUGCUCGCUGCUGCUGCUGACGCCCAGCAUCUCCCGCACCGGGCGCUUCAGCCUGAUGUGCCACGGUAGCCUCAGCUGCCCCUCCAGCUCACGCAGCCACUCGGCCUCCUCGGCUGACGACAAUGCCGCCGAGGGGCCGCGACGGGCACUCAACCGGGAUAACACGCUGCCGGGGACAUCUUUCUGCACAACAGAAGAACAGACGGAGCGAUUGAUUGCUCUUCGUUCGCCCUCACACCCACACACCCACCUCGCGGAUGUGUUUGAUGAGCUCCGCCAGAGGCUGCUUGAGGGUGUCGUCAGGCAGCGUAACGGCCUUGGACUCGAGCAGGGCAGCCACCCCCUCGCUGUCCAUCGCCUCCACCCCCUCCCCGUCUGCAUGGUCUCCUGUGUCCAUGUCCAUGUCGAUGGCGAUGCCGCCGUGUGUGGCGGCCUCCUCCUUCUUGGCCUUGACGAAGCAGCGGAGCAGAAAGAAGCGGGAGUUGCUCAUGGGCACCUCGGCGAGCAGCUCGGUGCGCUCAUCGGGUGACUCCACCAGACACACCAGGUCUUCGAAGGUGGUGAACGGGGUGAGGGAAGACUGCUUGAGCUGACAGACAGACAGACACGUUAGUUAGUCACACACAUUGGAAUCAAUGCGUGAUGGAUGAAUGGAAUGCGCCUUGUCUGUGUUGCUCUCGGUCACUCACCUCGUCAAAUUUGUCAGCGAGUCUCUUGAGGUCCGGCUGCGGCUGUGCGCGAAGCAGCUGCAGCACCUGGUCCGUCGUGAUGUCCGAUACAGCCAGCCGCCGGACCUCUCGCUGCUCCUGCUGCUCUUGUUGUUGUUGUUGCAUCGGCUGUUCGGCCUGGUCGGCCCCACCACCACACGCGGCAGCAGCAGCCCCGGCAGCAGCAGGAGGGGGCGAUGGCGGCGCGAGCGCUCUCGAAUCUUGGCGCACUGGGGAGUCGUCAGACGCACCGGCGUGCGCCUCCUCGCUCACUGCAGCUUCAUCCUGCGCCUUCACCACCGCCUCUUCUCCCACUUCUGCUGCGUCCUCGGCCUUCUCUUCUUGGGCAUUGGCCGUUUCCCGACGGUCGUCUCUCGCAGCCGGCGACACACGCUCGGGUGGGAGAUCUGGUGGGGGCAUCUUCUGCAAUUGCUCCGUGUCAGUCGUUGCCGCCGGCUGCUGUUUGUUGUCGCCAUUCUGUGGCUUCGGAGGAGCGGGGGCUGGUGAGGGGACGGGCUGAGGCUGAGGCUGAGAGGGCACUGGUGGCUGUGCGCCUGGUGGCUCGGCAGAGGGAGCCUUUUGUUGCCGUUGGUAGGGCUGCUCCUGUGUUAGAGCGGGCAGCGUCUGCAUCGGGGUGGGGGUGGGCUGGGGUGCUGCUUUCUUGGGUGGCGGCAGCACGGCACCGCGGUCAGAUGACUAAGGGAUAGAACAACACGCAUCCAUUCAAUCAACACGAUGCCUUCAUUCCCAGCUCCCUGUGUCGUGUCGUGUCGUGUCGUUUCUUUCUGCCCUCUGUUUCUUACCCUGGCUUGUGCGGCGGCUAGCGGUGCGAACGGCGGGGAGGAUCCUGAUACCAGGUGACGGUGGGUGGGACGGACGGGUGGCGGCAGUGGCGGGGAUGGGGAUGGCGGGGGUAGUGGGGUCGCCAAGCCGGCAAUGGACCUCUGGCGUGCAGUAUUCAUCGCUGCCUGCCAUGCUGCAGCAAUUCUUCUGUCAGCGGCCAGCGAGCGAGCCGUCGGCGCCCCCAUCCUCAUGUCCCCCAUGUGCUGCUGCAGAUGAGCCGCCCCGGUGCCGUUUGGUCUCGCCGCAAAAACAGCAGCCACACCAGGCACACCGGUGGCAGCGGCAGCCGCCGGAGAAGACUGCUCCCUGGCCUCGUCCUCCUCCCACCUCCAGUCAUGCUCGUCAAACAGCUUCUGGUAGCCCGUGAUGGCCUGAGCCCUUUCCCGGGCCUCGUUCCGUACCUUGAUGGCCUCUUCAAGGGCGGCCCGGACCGGCCUGCCGUUGAUGCGCACCAGCUUGGUGACGGCCUGCCGGGCGCCGGUGGGCGUGCGGGGCGUGCCUAGGUGGACGUCGAAGGCGUGGAGACGGCGUGUGUCCUUGUGGUAGUACUGGGUGAUGUACAGAGGGGUGGGGGCGCAAAGUUCCCGCAGCUUGACGAUGAUGGGAAGCGUCGUGGGACGCCGUGCCGCCCACAAAGCGUCCUGCACACACACACAAAAGGCAUAGGGGAGAGAAGGACAAAGGCAGUAAGGCAAUGAAAUGGGUGCUGCAUCGCAUCGCAUCGCAUCUGUGUCCGUGUGUGUGUUCUGUGUUCUCUGUUAUUGCUCGUGUAUGUGUACCGAUGGCUCUUUCGCUUCGGCGCUCCGCUCGUCGAUGGCAUCCCAGCCGUGCUGAUCGAGUAUGGCCCUAUAGCCCCGCAGCACCGAAUAGCCAUUCAUCUUGGCACCGGCCUGCUUGUUCCGCCAGUUGAUGGCCCGCUCAAGGGCGGUCCGCACACCGCACCCACCGAUGACGAGACACUCCAUUGCCGGAUUGCCGCUGGUGAAGCCCUGGAUGUGGCCGUAGACCGUCCUGGAGAUCACCUGGAUGCCCAGCUUGCCGGAAGGCAGCGCUUCCUCCAGGCUCGUCAGGAUCGGCUGCAAAGCCUCACAGGGCCAGGGGCGCCGCGGCUGCUUGGGCGCCGCUCUUUUCUUUUUCUGCUUCUGCCGCCCCUGGCCUUGGUCUGGUGGUCUCUGCACGGCCUCGACAUGGAAGGGCAGGUCGGCUGGUCUCGGCUGAAUGUGCUGGUAGGGGGGGCGGUGGCUGUGCUGCUGGGGUGAGGGGUGCUGCUGGGGCGCCGGGGAGGCCGGGGAAGCCAUGUCUGAGAUGCAUUCAUCAACCACAGACGAACACACGCACAGCACAAUUGCCAGCGCUCCUGUCUGGCGCAUCCAUCCGUGGUGUGAACCGUACCGUUUGUCAUGGGAAGCUUCGUGCUAACGGGCAUUUGCAUGAGAGGGCCGUGAGUCAGCACAGGGCUGCUGCUGUUGGCCUGGCCUGCAGUGCACACAACACAACAUGGCAUGACCAACACGCAUUGCAUUGCGCCCAUCCAUCCCAUCGCUGGCCUGGCCGCACGUAUCGGAUUGACCCAAUCAACAAGACAGACCACCAGACACACCCACCCACCUUGAGCGAAGCGUCUCAUUUCCUGCUCGCUGCUGUCCAUGGGUCUCUCCGGCAGCGCGCGGGGAGCGGAUGCCGCGCUGGCUUGCGGGGGUGGUGCCGUGCCACCGCCUUGCUUCCUGGCCUCAUCGGCCUUCCUCUGCCACUCUAUCCUGUGAACAAGCCGCCACCCGUCCAGAUAGGCCUUGACCAGUCCAGCAAAGGUGGCUGGUGAGGGUUCGAAGCAGCACCCCGCCACGUGCCAGAAGCCCCUCGGGUCCCACGCCACCUUCUGCCCCAGGUGCUGGUUCUCAAAGAGCAGCGCAGUGGCCAUGCUGUUGAGGGCGUCCCGGCUCAGAGGGGUGUCCGGGAGUGCCCGUCUGGUGGUGCAGAUGCUGGGAACGCCCCGCAAGCCAAUCGCCUCCCUAGUGUGAUCCCUCGUUGGGGCGCCAGACUGCUGAAUGGACCGCCAUACGUCAGCCGCAGUAGUCACUGCAGAACCAGAAAUAGAAGCCGCUGCACCGGCAACACCAGCAGCAGGGGCAGCCAAAGCAGGGGCAGAGAGGCCGGCAGCAGCAGGGGGGUGCGAUGACGGGGCGUGUCGGUGCGAUGCCAUUGCCGCUGGGGGCACAGAAGGGGGGCGAUUCAACGGCUGCUGAUCCUGCUGUAAGGGGGGAGGGGCCGAGGGGGCCCGGUUGGGGUGGUGCGAAGCGUGUGAAGCGGCAGCGUGGUGGCCACCGAUGGUGCCGGUGCCGGGGUAUCGAGGAGCAAGGGGGUACAUUGUGCCCGGUUGGAAAGGGUUGAGUGCAGAGGGAUAAGCAUACCCCGGUGCAGUAUACUGCAGGGCGCCAUAGACGGCCGCAUGGGAUGGCGACGCGUAUGGGUUGGGGUGGGCCAUGGGCAGCUGGUGGGCGUAGGGAGACUGGAAGCCUCGCGCGAGAGGCGAGGAUGACUGCAAGGCUGACUGCAGCUGACUGGCUUGAAACGACAGCGGCGCGAUGGCUGCCGGCAAAUAAGGGAAGUGUGGCUGCUGCACCUGCUGGGCGACUGGCUGCUGCACCUUGGCGAUCUCGGCGUGCCUUGCCUUCUUAAGCUGACCCUGCCCUUGACCAUUCGCCUGUUGGGCGUCGUAAAGCUGUUACAACAAGUCACACCAGACAGUCUGAUCAAUCAAUCGAAUGAUUUAUGACGCCACUCGCUUGUCUGUACCGUGAUGUGGUCUUGACUCGUCUCGCCCCCCACUUGCUCGUUUGGACGCUUCCUCCCUCCAUUGACAGCAGCGGGGUCAAAUUGCGCGGCUGGCGGGCUUACCAUUGGCACCGGGCGGCCAGGGGGAACCCGUGUGUGAGGCUCCAUCGCUCUCCAAAGGCGAAACACCC